AAACCAUCAAGUAAUUAAAAACAAAUUCAAGUUUCUAUAGGAAUAUUAGUUUCUUCAAUUUCUGGUAUCAUUGUUGGUGCAAAAUGGAUGCCAUAUUGAGCUACCUAGUUAUGUUUAUGAUGAUGACUUUGGCAGUAGUUCAAGCCCAACUAAGAACAGGGUUUUAUUCUAGUUCAUGCCCAAGUGCUGAGGCCAUUAUACGGUCCACUGUUGAAUCUCACUUCAACAAAGAUCCUACCAUUGCUCCUGGCCUUCUCAGGCUUCAUUUCCAUGAUUGCUUUGUACAGGGGUGCGAUGGUUCAAUUUUGAUUGCAGACUCUUCUGCAGAAAGGAAUGCAGUGCAAAACAUUGGUCUAAGAGGUUUUGAAGUCAUUGAUGAUGCAAAAUCACAGAUAGAAGCUACAUGCCCUGGAGUUGUCUCAUGUGCUGACAUUCUAGCAUUGGCAGCCAGGGAUGCAGUCCAUUUGAGUGGUGGUCCAAGUUGGCUAGUACCAACAGGAAGAAGAGAUGGGAGGAUUUCUUCAUCAAAUCAAGCCUCAAACAUGCCUUCUCCGCUUGACCCGGUUUCUGUCCAGAAGCAAAAAUUUUCCGCCAAAGGUCUAGAUGUUCAUGACCUUGUCACCUUAUUAGGUGCACACACCAUAGGGCAGACAGACUGCAGGUUCUUCAGUUACCGUUUAUACAAUUUCACGACCACAGGGAACGCUGAUCCCACCAUAAACCAAUCUUUCUUGGAGCUGCUUCAAGCUCAGUGUCCCAAAAACGGAGAUGGUUUGAGAAAGGUGGCACUGGACAAAGAUAGUCCUGUAAAGUUUGAUGUUAGUUACUUCAAGAACGUGCGUGAUGGUAGUGGGGUUCUAGAGUCAGAUCAGAGGCUGUGGGAAGAUCCAGCUACAAAAAGUGUAGUUCAGAAUUAUGCUGGGAACAUUAGAGGGAUACUGGGAUUAAGAUUUGAAUUCGAGUUUCCUAAGGCCAUGAUUAAGUUGAGUAGCAUUGAAGUGAAGGCUGGUAGUCAAGGAGAAAUUAGAAAAGUGUGCUCUAAAUUUAACUGAUGAUUCUGGUUGUGUUCGGUAUAUAGUUUGGGUAUAUCAGCAUAUGAAAUAAGAUCAAAUAAGCAUUGUGUAUUAUAAAAAGGAUGAAUCGUCGCCUGAGAGAUUCGAACUCUCGCGGGGAAACCCCAUGUACUUAGCAGGCACACGCCUUAACCACUCGGCCAAAGCGACUUGUUUAUUCAUGGUUCAAGUAAUUUAUAUUUAAUGCUUUAAUUUUAUCUA